AAAGUAUGCACAUGUCUUUGUCUGAAUACAAAGAAAUAUGACAUGACGAUUAGGGUUAGAAAAGAAAUAUUGGAUUGAUAUUAUUCCUAAAACUGGAGGAACGUUGCCUUGUUCCUGAUCUUCUUGUUUGACUGGAUUCAGUGUAUGUUUGUGACUAAGAGCCGAGACUGACAGCAGCUAUGGCCCGGAUGCCAAACCCAUGCGACUUUUAUAAUAACAGUGAGGACGUUAGCGGUAUACCUGACACAUAUGUUCAUCUCAUCGAUCCUGAAGACGGGCCAACAACGAGAAAAUUCAUGGGAGAGCUAAAGAAAUGCAUUGAUGACAAGUACCAUAGGAGAGUUUUUUAUAAGAAAACAGAAUAUGUACCAUUGGUGGUCGUUGUCCGAAGAACCACAUUAAGGUGUGAAGAUGACCUUGAUGCAGCGCUGGAAAGAAUUGAAAAUCAAAAGUCCAAGAAGGUAGACGUUAUCGUUUACUUCCAUAUGAAACGCAUUGGUGAUUGUAAAGAAACUGCAAGACGUCCAGAUGUAAUGGAAAAAUAUAAACACAUGGUGAUUAUAGAUAUGGAUUUUGGUAAAGGAAAUCUAACGAGCUGGGGAAGCGUGAAAAACGUCAAUAAGAAUGCAAUAGAAGAAUUAAUAAAAACAGUCCGUGAUCUACAAGAUCUCUGUUUUGAGAAGACAUUAUAUGUAUAUACAUAUCCAAACGUGGAUGCCAGAGUGUCUGGCGUGAUCAUAGAAGAAUUAGAGAAUUUUAUGGAAGAUGAAUUAGUUAUUAAGAAAAGCGACCAUUGGUAUGGAUGCGAACCACUUGCUAUUAUAUGCGAUGAUGAGGCCCCUAACGGAAUGGAUCCUUCAAACGUCGCUGUGUUCCAUCUUUUCAAAGGUGAUGCUUACGAUAACCCAAAACAGGAAAAUAUGCGUAAACAAUUUGGACUCGUUAUUGACAUAAGUGAAGAGAAAGGGAAAUAUUUUAUCACGUAUAAUAUAGGAACAAAGUUGAUUGAUUUUGUUAAGGGAUGCAGUGUGCGGAAAAGGAAAGAAUGUGCAAACCACAGAACGGAGAACAGCUCGAAUGACACUGAAGAUGACGGAAAUGAAAGCUCAGCCCGGGGUACCUUUGCUUGUAACAGUUAGAUAUUCAUUUUUGUCAAAUGACGGUGUUAAAAUCAUUUACAGACAUUCAACUUUAAACAAAGAUUAUGAAACCUAACAUACCAAAACGAAGUAAUCGUUCUCUUAAUGAAUAACAGACUGGUUAAGCUUAACCAGAGUUAUAAAUGCCGUUUACAAUUGUUGUAUACCAUUUUGACUGCAUUGAACAUUAGACCGGGAGGCGGUACAUAGGAACAUGACUAACUUUACAUAUUCUUGGUGUUAAACAUUUUUCUUUGGUUAACACAUAAGAAAACAGAACAAUUAAGAAGCUACCUUCAGUUUGUUUGUAUCAUUGAACAGCUUCAUGUUUCAUUUAUUAUGAUAAAUAUAUCCAUGUUUUUCUUAAGGUAACUUAUGAUGAUAAGACAUUGUAGUUUUUUGUUGUUUUUUUUUUGUUUUGUUUUGUUUUUUUGUUUCUACCAUAAUUUUUAUCAUUGUAUAUGUUUAAUAUAUAUUAUUUUUGACGUAGUAGUUAUCAAUUUUUCUUUUAAGAUAUUUUCAUUACAGAUAGUGCUAAAUUAUGUUCCAGUAGUGUUUCGUAACACACUUUGUCACUACAGUAAGUACACUAUUACUUAAAGGUUUACUUUUUUAUUUAAAUAAAAAGUAGGUACAGUGUUGACACGUGUGUGUAUUCACUUACGUGGAUUAUGUUGCAUACACUUAUGCGCAAGACAUUUGUCUAAUAGCUCAAGAAGACAGACAUGUAUGUUGAGAACACAUGGUUCUAUAAUAAGAUACUAGUCUAAAGACGAUUGUCAGUACCUUUCUUUAAUUGAGAUAUAAUUUACAUACUCCGUCAUUUUCUGUGUCAUGGCAUUUUUCCAAUUGUAAUCAGUAAAAUAAUUAAGAGAUGAAGACCAAAGUAUUUCUGAGCGCAUUUUCAGGUUUCACUGUCUUUUUGCAUAAGAACUUUGCGCUUUCCUGAAGGAACAGGUGUAGGCCACCAUGACAAGCAGCUCUAACGUAACACUGGUGUUGCAGGGCCAUUACAGGAGUAAGCAGUCGUGCAUAUAGCAAUAACAUAAGCAUAUUGGUGUUGUAUGUAUCAUUCCUGUUGUUUCCAAUACAUAUAUCAGAGGAUUACCUUCUUUCACCACACUGUAACUUUGGAACAUAUUGAGAAUUAGAGUGCAGGUUUGUAAUUUUCCGAGGCGUCCUUAAAUAUUGGUUUUACUCUGUUUGUGUAUCUGCACUUUGAGUACAUACCAGUAUCGUUUAUUUUCACAAAAUAUGAUGAUAUUCAUUCGAAAAGGUUCAUGCAAUUUGUUUGGUUGAUAUCCCUGAAGUGAAUUUUAAUUCUGGAUUUUUUUUUAUUUUGGGCGAUUGCCCUCCAGUAUAAAGGUACAUAUUGCAUUUUUUUAGAAAAAGGAGACGCUUUCUAGGGAGGUUUCUGUGAUAUGAUACAUGUUUCACUUAAGAAAUAAUUUAUAGCAAAACAGUGCUUUAUCACUAUUUAUACACAAUAGGCGGUUAUACGUCGGGCGUAAUAAUUUCAAGAGGGCGCAUUGGUCUUCAAUAUUAUUGCUAAAUAUGUUGCACAAUCUGCAAACAGGGCACUUGGUCUUUUGACUGCAAAGUUUAGAAUUCUGGGUGGUAUGCCUGUAGAUGUGUUUACAAGAUUAUUUGACUCGAUGAUGUGGUCCGUCGUUGGAUAUGGAGCAGAUGUUUGGGGAACCCAGUCAUUUUCUUGCAUUGAUUCAGUACAAAAUAGAGCAAUGUGUUUGUUUCUUGGUGUAUCAAAAUUUGCCCCAUCAGCGGCAGUUGCUGGCGAUAUGGGAUGGCGACCCACACCAGUGAGACAACUAAUUAAUGUUUCAAAUUACUGGUAUAGAGUUUGUAAUAUGUCAACAACACGUAUAAACUGUAGAAUCUUUGAUUAUUGUUAUAACCAAAAUGGCAAUAAAUGCAAAAAUUGGUGUUUUAGAAUAUGUCAAAAAUUUAAACUUAAUAGGUGUGAAGAGUUGUGUAAUCGCUUUUUGGGUAUGUCUAAGAAAUCUGUUUUAGAUAGAGUCAUUGAGUCUUCCAUGCAAGAAUUUGUUAAUAGGUGGAAAACCGACAUAAAUGCUCAACAUGGCCCGAGCAAAAGAGGUAGAAAUAAACUACGUACUUACAAAUUGUUUAAAUCAAAAUAUGAAACAGAACAAUAUUGUAAAGUUAUUCUGUCGCGUCCAUAUAGAGCUGCUUUUGCAAAAUUUAGGAUAGGUGUUGCGCCAAUACGUAUUGAAACUGGAAGAUAUGAAAGACUAGACAUUAAUGAAAGGCUUUGUCCAUUUUGUAAGGAAAAUGUUGAGGAUGAGAAACAUGUCAUUAUGGAAUGUCAAUUAUAUAUUAGUGAUUUUAGACAAGAAUUAUUCAGAAAAGCCAGUUCUAUAGAAGCAGAAUUUAAGCAUUACUCUGAUAAUGAAAAGUUUCUAUUCAUUUUUACAAAUAGAGCUCUUGUUCGUUUUACAGCCAAAGCCUGCUUUCUUAUUUUAAGGAGAAGAAAUGAAUUUGUAUAUAAAUAAAGUAGUUAUUAAAUGUACUAACAAUAUUCAUAUUUAAGAUAAAACAUGUGUUUUAGGUUAAUGCAUAAUGUCAGUGUUAAUCACUCAUAUUCCAUGCAAAGUAAUUUCCAUUUUGAGUAAUAAGUGUUUCUUUUUGUUUACAAUUUUUAUCAAUGGUAUUCACUAUAUCUUUUAGCUCGACUUAUCGAAGGAAAAUGGAGCUAGCACACUUGCCGCGGUGCUGUCAUAACCCUCAAGGGUUUUUUGGGGUUUUAUAUAUAUAUAUAUAUAUAUAUAUAUAUAUAUAUAUAUAUAUAUAUAUAUAUAUAUAUAAAGUCAGAAGCAUUUAAGGAUUAAACUAAAACAGUUAUCAAUACCAAGAUCUACACCAGGGGAAACAAUCCCCAUGGCUCUGGUUUGAGGUGUGACACAUAUGUCCCUUUUAAGUUAGAAUUUUCUUUAGUCAAAAGUUUUUUGAUAAAUUUGAACAUCUCUGUUGUUAUCAAAGCUUGUGACUUGAACCAUAAAAUAAUUAUUUACUAUCAAGUUCUAUGCCAGGAGAAAUAAUCUGCAUAAUUCUGGUUUCAAUUUUGAUAGGGUUAUGCUCCUUUUUAACUUAUAAUUUUUUGAUUUAAGUUUCAUAAAUUUGUUAGACUCGCAACUUGAAAUGGUCAUCUGUUGUCAGUCUACACCAGGAGGGACGAUCCCCCUAGAUCUGAUCUUGGAUUUUGACAGGGUUGUGCCCCUUUUUUAACUUAGAAUGUUUUGGUUAAAGUUUUAUACAGUGUUUCUUUUGCGGACAAAGCUCUAAUUCACUGAGAAAGGUUGAGCGUGCUGUCUUACGAACAGUUCUUGUUGAAAUAUAUUUUUAAUAAAACAUACAUUUUAAAACAGAUAGCUUUUUAAUAGCUGUAUCUAUAAAACUGACAUUAUGGUCUUAUAUGUACCAAUGUAGAUAUUUAGGACAGUCUGUAAACAAUUGUUCUAUCUCCUUUUCAUUAUAAAUAAACUGUUUUAAACUUUUAAAUGGAACUGUCUUAGUAGUUAUAUGUCUAAUUCCUAGAUUUUAGAUAGUUAAUAUAGAAUUUUAAUUAGUGGUAAUACCAGUAAAAGUAAAUAUGAGUAUGUUUUAAAAAUUUUGUCUGGCUUCUUUUAGUAGAAAUAAAUUUUAUCUCAGUCUCUUAUAAUUCAUACAUGAAUGACAUUGUACAUUGUAUUAUUGUUUCUAUGACCUAUGUUGUAUAUUGAUGUACUGUACAGUGAAGAGACUUUAAUAAAUAAAUAAAUAAAUAUGUAACCUAAUUGCAAAUAAAAGUAAUUGUUGUUGAAAUAAAAAAAUAGUUUCGCGCUCGUCCCCAUAUCUUCUUUUUUUGUUUUGUAAAUCAAUUAUCUUUUGUUUUAUUCAGGUUUUAAUAAUAGUAAAUGUGUUUUUUCAA